UGCCCCCCGCCGCCCCGCGGCCCCAUCCGCCGUGAGAUGGCGGCGCAGUUCCGCAGCUACGUGUGGGACCCGGCGCUGAUCGUGGCGCAGAUGGUGCUGCUGCAGGCCGGCUACUACAGCUCGCUCGGCCUCUGGCUCGCCCUCCUCGGCGCCCUCGGCAGCACCCGGCCCUCCCUGCACCAGGUCUUCAGCGACGAGAUUUUAGGCUUCUCAACCCCACCUGGGAGGCUCUCCAUGAUGGCUUUCGUCCUCAAUGCACUCACCUGUGCUCUGGGGUUGCUGUACUUCAUCCGGAGAGGAAAGCAGUGCCUGGAUUUCACAGUCACAGUUCACUUCUUCCAUCUUCUGGGCUGCUGGAUUUAUAACUCGCACUUUCCCUCAACUCUGACGUGGUGGCUGGUGCACAUCGUGUGCACAGCGCUCAUGGCUGCAAUUGGGGAGUACCUCUGCAUGAGGAUAGAACUCAGAGAAAUCCCCCUGAAUUCUGCCCCCAAAUCCAACGUAUAAACUUGCUCUGGCAACAACAUGCUGCAUUGCAUCAUUGUUUCCAGCACAAGUACAUCUAAUGCCUGAAAGUCAUCACUGAAGAAGCACAGCAGGUCUGUUUAGACUUUUUUUUUUUUUAAGAUCUUGGUGACUGCGUGAGUGUGAGCAUCUCCUCUGUCAUCAUCAGACAACGGGGAGGAGCAGAUGUUUAUUUUAUUAACACAAAGCAUUAAUGACUGUACGGCAAGUGUGCUCUUAAGCUCUUCAUUCAUGAGACUGUUGAAAACCAAGUAGCAAAUCUUCAUGCGUGGGGAGCACCUGGAAUUAAGCAAAUGUGAGAGGUCCCUGUAUGGGUAUCGCAGUGGUCAGCUCAUCUUGCAGGAGCUGGCACAGUGGGCAGUGGGGCCAGGAGUUGCUGCUACCCAGUUGUAAUUUGCCUGUGAUUUGGUUGGAAAGAAGUCAAGGAAGUGAAUGGAUGGGGGAAAAAGAACAUAAUUGUACUUAAUGUGAAUCACCAGCUGAGACCCUAAAUAACCUAUAAUCUUAGAGGGUUUUGUUUGCUGUUUCCAUGUUUAAUACAUAGAAAUGUCAGACAGCAGUUUGCUGAAGAAAUCUUUUGUAAUAAAAGUAUUAUGUUGCUGUGAGUGUGUUACUCGGA